AUGCCCAAGCAGGAUUUCGACACGCUUGACUAUAUGGGACCCGUUGUGGUCGGCGUUUUGUUUACAGUCUUUCUUUUCCUGGUUUCUUUCCUCUUCAUCAACUUUUUCUGCAUCACCAAGCACGAUGAUGUGACAGCUUUUGAGAGGAUCGCUGCUCGUCACAACAUGCGAAUGGGUCCACACUCGUUAGCGGUGGUGAAACGGGGGAAUUUCUAUGAGGAAGACGAGAGCUACGUGUCUGAGGCU